AUGUCCACAACUGCCCUCAGCCUCAGCCUCUGCCUCUGCCUCAGCCUCUGCCUCUGCCUUUGCCUCUGCCUCAGCCUCUGUCUAUGCCUCAGCCGCAGCCGCAGCCUCUGCUUCAGCCUCUGCUUUAGCCUCUGCUUCAGCCUCUGCCUCUGCUUCAGCCUCUGCUUCAGCCUCUGCUUUAGCCUCUGCUUCAGCCUCUGCCUCUGCUUCAGCCUCUGCCUCUGCCUCAGCCUCUGCCUCAGCCUCAGCCUCUGCCUCUGCCUCUGCCCCUGCCUCUGCUUCAGCCUCUGCCUCAGCCUCAGCCACAGCCACAGCCUCUGCUUUAGCCUCUGCUUCAGCCUCUGCUUUAGCCUCUGCUUCAGCCUCUGCCUCUGCCUCUGCCUCUGCUUCAGCCUCUGCCUCUGCCUCUGCCUCUGCUUCAGCCUCUGCCUCAGCCUCAGCCACAGCCACAGCCUCUGCUUUAGCCUCUGCUUCAGCCUCAGCCUCAGCCUCAGCCUCUGCCUCUGCCUCAGCCUCUGCAUCAGCCUCUACCUCUGCCUCUGCCUCUGCCUCAGCCUCAGCCUCAGCCACAGCCUCUGCUUCAGCCUCUGCCUCUGCCUCUGCCUCUGCUUCAGCCUCUGCCACAGCCUCAGCCUCUGCCUCUGCCUCAGCCUCAGCCUCAGCCACAGCCACAGCCUCUGCUUCAGCCUCUGCUUUAGCCUCUGCUUCAGCCUCUGCUUCAGCCUCUGCUUUAGCCUCUGCUUCAGCCUCUGCUUCAGCCUCUGCUUUAGCCUCUGCUUCAGCCUCAGCCUCAGCCUCAGCCUCUGCCUCAGCCUCUGCCUCUGCCUCUGCUUCAAUCUCUGCCUCAGCCUCAGCCUCAGCCACAUUCUUUGCUUCAGCCUCUGCUUCAGCCUCUGCUUUAGCCUCUGCUUCAGCCUCAGCCUAAGCCUCAGCCUCUGCCUCAGCCUCUGCCUCUGCCUCUGCCUCUGCUUCAGCCUCUGCCUCAGCCUCAGCCUCAGCCACAGCCUCUGCUUCAGCCUCUGCUUCAGCCUCUGCUUUAGCCUCUGCUUCAGCCUCAGCCUCAGCCUCUGCCACAGCCUCAGCCUCAGCCUCUGCCUCUGCCUCUGCCUCAGCCUCAGCCACAGCCUCUGCCUCAGCCUCAGCCUCAGCCUCAGCCACAGCCUCUGCUUCAGCCUCUGCUUUAGCCUCUGCUUCAGCCUCAGCCUCAGCCUCAGCCACCUCAGCCUCAGCCUCAGCCUCUGCCUCAGCCACAGCCUCAGCCUCUGCCUCAGCCUCAGCCGCAGCCUCUGCUUCAGCCUCAGCCUCAGCCUCUGCCACAGCCUCAGCCUCAGCCUCUGCCUCUGCCUCAGCCUCAGCCACAGCCUCUGCCUCUGCCUCAGCCUCAGCCUCAGCCUCAGCCACAGCCUCUGCUUCAGCCUCUGCUUUAGCCUCUGCUUCAGCCUCAGCCUCAGCCUCAGCCACAGCCUCAGCCUCAGCCUCUGCCUCUGCCUCAGCCUCAGCCGCAGCCUCUGCCUCAGCCUCAGCCGCAGCCUCUGCUUCAGCCUCUGCCUCUGCCUCUGCCUCAGCCUCAGCCUCAGCCUCAGCCUCAGCCUCAGCCUCUGCCCUGUCCUGUUCUGCAGAAUCUCCAGUGGGUUCAGACCGUCCAGCGCUGCCUCUGUCUGCGCUGCUUCCUCCCCUCGCACUCCUCUUUCACAUGUAAAUCAGCCUUUAAUCUCCGCUCCUCUAAUAGACCGCCAUGGCAACGGAGGCAGGCCUAAUGAGGCUGAGGCGCAGGUUCAAAUCCCCGGCACUUGCACAAUCAACAGUUUAAAUGCACACGCCCACCGGCUCAUGCAUGCAUACAUGAAUCCUCAUCAAAUCAUAGGCCAGCGAGACGAGACACUGGUUCAUAAAUAA